AUGUGUACAAAAAAGGGGAAUUUGAAGCAUUUGACUGUGAAUGAAAAUGACAAAUGUAAGACUGGGAUUAGGGUUUUGAAUGGUUCAGAGAGAAACAAUGAGAUUUGUAACGAAGUGGAGUCAAACGGUAGAGAAAAUGGGAGUUCAAGGGUUUAUGCUUUGGCGAAAAUUGUGGAAAAGAGGGGAGAUUUUGAGUGUUUGAACGCGAAAGUGAAUCAAAAAUGUGAAAAGAGUGUUAUAGUUAUAGAGGCAUUGAAAGAUUCAAGGAAAUGUGUUGUGGGUUUGGAGGAAAGCAACGAAAUUGUUAAGGAUAUGAUAUUGAAGCCUCAAGAAAAUGGACAAUUUGGGGUUAAGAUGUUAGAGGAUUGUAUAAAAGAAGUAAAUUUAAGCACACAACUGAAUAAGUCAUGCCUAGAUAGUGUUCAUGAUAAGCCUAAUUUGGAUAAUGAUGUGAUGAUUUUGGAUAAUGUUCGGGUUUUCAAAGAAUUUAAGGGCAAAUUUUCCGUUAAAAAGCAUGAGAAUGGUGUUGAUUUGGAUUUGUGUGUUAUGCGAGUGUGUUGA